AUGGCCGACAGCCUGGAGCAACUCCAGCAACGAGAGAGGGAGCUGGCUGAGCUCCGGAGUAAGACCUUACUAUCCUUGGACCAACAGGUUUGGCCGCCAAUUCCAGGCUCUGCAAGUUCUUGGGUCGCUGCUCGGGAGCAGGACCUCAGCACCCUUACCCAACAGUUCGAGGCCCUUAGGGCGGACUUCCUUUAUAAUCUGGACCUGCUCCGACAGCGCGAUGAGGAGCUGGCAGCAUACGAUGAGGCGUCCGCGCGGAACAAGGCGCAAGACGCAGCAUUGCGUGGCAGGGUUUUGGAGCUGGAGCAAGUCGUGACUGAGCUGCAGACUGAACUGCUGUCCGCCCGUGCGGCUGCCGAGCAGCAGGGCUUUGUGUUGGCAGCCAAGCGGGCGGAGCUGGCCCAGCUGCUGGAGGAGGAGCGGCUGGGGCGGGUGGAGGCGCUCAUGCGGCAGCGGGAGCAGACGGAGGUGGCGCGCAGGGCCCUGCAGCGCGAGUUGGAGGAGGCUCGAGAGCAGGCGGAGCGGCAACGGGCAACCCUGAGCUCGGCGUUCCAGAAGCAGCUGCAGGAGGCCCAAACGGGGCUGCUGGCGGAGGCCGCAACCGCAGCUACGCGUCUGGCGGAGCAGCGGCAGCAGGAGCUGCAGCAGGCGGCGGCCCGGGAGGCGCAGGCGCUGCAGCAAACAGAGAUUCAACAGCGGUUUUCCGCGGUUCUCCUUUUCCGCCAGGUAGUCCGGCGCGACCUCCGAGAUCGAGAUCUGGCAUUGCGCGCUUUGGAGCUGGAGCUGGAAGCGCGGGCUCGGGAGCAUGAUGCUACUGUACGGCAACUACAGCAACAGCACGCUGACGUGGAGAGCAAGCUGAGGGUGGCCACCGAAUCGUACGAGUCGUACCGGAUCCAGCUGGCCGAGCAACUGUCCACCGCGCAGCAGUGCCUUGAAGAGCUCCGAAGUCAGUGUUUGGAGGACGUUGCGUUGCUGCAGCGGCGGCAUGGGGAGGAGGUGGCGGUGCUGAGGGGCAGGCUGGAGGCAGCAACGAGCCGUGGCUCACAGCUGGAGGCGGAGGCCUUGGAGCUCCGGAACCAGCUGCGAGCGGCGAAAGAGGAGGUCCCCAUUCGCACCCACAUGCACAUGGCCCCGGGUCCGUACCAGUCCAGGGCGUCCUCCCUGGAGCAGCAGCUGGCGGUGGAAAAGGCAGCAGCAGCGGAGGCCAUGCGGCGGGACCGUGACGAUAUGGAGCGGCGCCUGCGGGACAUCGCCGGUGAGCACGCGCAAGACGUACGGCAGUUACGUGAGAAGCUAGCGGAAGCUAAGGCCUCCCUGGAGCAACGGCAGCAUGAGCUGGAGGUGGCUCGGGAGCAGUUGGCUGCCUGCCUGGAGCGUACGACACGGACGCGGGACGCGGCAGCGCAGGCGGGGCCUGUGGGCAGCGGCGGCGCCGCCACCGCAGCCGGUGCACAGGGUGCCGCCGCGCCGUCGCCUAGGACCGCAGAUGGCGAUGAGCCGCCAUCUCCAACACGUCCUGACGCCGGCGGUGGCCCUGUGCACCGGCAGCUAACGGCCGGCAGACCCGCGGCUCUGACGCUCGCGGCGCUGCAGGAGUCGCACGACUCACUGCCUGAGUUCGGCGCCUCGCCAUUGCUGGACCUGCCGCCCUCCCCUCGUAGCUCCGCGUCCUUCUGGCUGGGACCGUCGUCGGGGCCAGGCGCCGCAGCUGCCGCCGCCGCCGCUGCCGCCGGCCUCCUAGGGCUACAGGACUUUCCCCGUCCCUGGAGCCCGGCGGCGGCGGCAGCUGCCGCCGCCGCGGCCGCGGCCCGCGCUGCUCAGUACCUUCGCAAUUCCAAGGAGGGUCUGGACAACUUGCUGAGGCCGCUUAACCGAUCCCGACUGGGCCUUGUUGAGGGCCAGCAACAGCAGCAGCAGCAGCAGGCAGGGGCCGCCGCCGGUGGCUCGCAAGGUCCAGCCACAGACGCAAGGCAAUGGAAUGCAGCGGCGCUCAUGGCGGAGCUGCAGGAGAGCGACCGGGACCUGCAGCAGGCCUUGGAGCAUGUGGAGCUGCUUCAGCGUCAGCUGCAUGCUGCACGGGCCGUCGCUACUGCAGCUGCAACAGCUGCCACGGCAGCGGCAGCGGCAGCCCCGGCAGGGCAAUCGCCCGCGGCUGCUGGUACGGGCUCACACGACAGCGCCGCAGCGGCGGCGGCAGCCGCUGCGGUGGCAGCGGAAGUAACGUUCCUACGGCAACGUGUGAAGGAGCUGACGGCUGCCAAUAGGGCAUUGCGGCGGCGUGCCAUGCAUCUGCGGGCCGCUAAUGCAGCGAACGCCGCGGUGGCAGCGGAGGAGGCGACAGCUGGCGCCGCCGUCGGAGCCGCGUUCCCAGCGUUCAACGCGUCAGAGGCCCAGGUCCAGAACGACGCGGCAACGCCUGCCAGCGGCGGUCCGGGACCGGAGGGGGCAGAGCUGCCGCCGGAGCAGCAGCUGCCGCAGCUACGGCGGGAGCUGGAGCGCGCUCGGUCGCAGCUGGCGGCUGCACGUGAAGAAAAUGAGCGUCUGAUGGAGCUGAGCAGUGAGGUGCGGGCACAGCGUGACAGGUGCGCAAUGCAGCUGGCGGCGUACAUGGCCACGUCAGCGGCAACGGCGGCCGCAGCCGCGGCUGGCGGUGCGCCGUCGUCGCCGAUGGGCGCCUGGCGGAUACAGGACUUCACCUCGCAGCCCGCUCCUACCUUUGGCGCUCCCUUACCUGGCAACAGCCCCACUCACGCGUUACCGCUGACAGUGGCAGGAACAGUCCCGUCGGCGCCGGCCUUUCCCCUGUCGCUAAGCCCCCUGCUCACCUCCACCUCCUCAUCGCCUCUGGCCGCGACGCUGAUGCCGAUCUUAGCGCCGCCCACAUACCCGGGCGCGGAGGGAUUCCCCGGCGCUCAGCCCUACGGCUAUCCAUACCCGUACGGCCUUGUAGCGCCCUGGGGGGGUAUGCCUCCAGUAGGGGGCGCCGUGGCGGGGCCGGGGGUACCGUACUGGCCGCCGCCGCCGCUGCAGCAGCAGCAACUCCAAAACGCAAAGCGCUCGCCGGAGGGAGCUGGAGGAGGUGCGCGUGUGGUGAAGUUUGCGGAGCCAGUCGAGCGCGAGAGCGCCGGCAGCGAUCCAGAUGAGGGCGGCGUGGGUAACCGCGGCGGAAGGCGCCGGACCUCCGACGAACCGGGUCGAUCAGCCUCCUUGUCCCCGCCGCGCUCCGGCGCCUCCGGCCAGAACGCGAGCCACACCAACCACGAUCGAUACCGCCAGCCCCGCCAGCACUCCAGCUCCAAUCCCAACUCGAACGCCAGCACGCACCCGCGUGCACUGGUCACGACCUUUGACCAUCUGGCAGCCGCUGCUACCGUUAAUACCAAUAUGAAGGACACCUUGGGCAGCAUCGACGAGUACCAGUCAUCAGCCGCUGCCGCCAUCACCGCUGGGCCGGCUCCGGCGGCAUCCACCCGCACGUCGCCGCCAGUAGGCCUGACAGCUUCGGGCCGCGAGACGCAGUCCCAAAGAGCGGCACUACGUGCGCUGCACCGACGGCGGGAGCAGCACCAGCAGCAGGCCGCGGCGGCGGUGGCAACAGCGGCGGCGCUGCGGCAGCGGGUGCGCAGCUAUACAGUGGUACGGGACGAGGCCGGGGCGGACGACCGCAGCGACCCUCGAAAUAGAGCAGACAUUCCCACUUAUCACGACGGGCUGCGUGUCAAGAUCUGA